AUGCAUGGCAAGCGUGAUCGCCGCAUCGCCGAUCGUAAUUCUCCUGGCUCCACGGAGCAGAAGCAGGAUAUAUGCGUUCUGCUUGAUCACAUCCAUGGGUUCUACAAGGCGGCGCUCGAUCGGCUUCCGAUGGGAGCGGUUCCCUCGCUGGCCCCGCGCCUCCUCAAGGCCGGCAUGCCCUUCGGAUUCCUCGACCCGGUCUCCAACAUCAUCGCCAACACCGUCGCCUACGCCCCUUCACCGUCGCCUGGAUCUGAUGACGAGGAUGAGGAGGAGGCGCCGGCGCCGGAGUGGAUCCUCUCCAAGAUCAUCACCGACACAAGCGACAGAUUCGUCUUCGAACUACCGCUUUGCCGGCACAGGUCCCAUGGCAUGACCAUCGCGCGGCGGUCGCUGGACGGUCUUGUCAACUUCCUCACCACCCGCUUCCCCUAUCUGUAUGCUAGGGAAGCCCUCAGCUACCUGCUCCUGAGCAGGGCCGACCAUCGCGCCGCCGUGCGCCUCAUCGAGCGAGAUCGUAACAAGCGGCGCAGCGCGUCGACCAUCACCUACCGUACCACCAUGGUCGCCUUGGAAUGUGCCGCCGUGUGUGCGAGGCAUCCUAAACCGAAUGUCCUGGUGAAAGUGUCGCUGAUUACGGCCUCUCGCCUGUCCGAUGUCACUACGCUUCUUGCCGGACAAGACCCUCUCUCGCGUGCAACCCUCGAGAGCCUUGCCGAUUUGCUCAAGCAAGAGCCUGCGAGCAUGGAUGAUCCCACCAUGUUAUCACUGGAUCAUCUUUGUGGCAAGGAGAAGAAGAAGAAUAAGAAGAGGAAGAGAAGCCAGCAGACAUCAGAAUCCAUAGAGGGGAGUAGGCCACAUAAGAGGAGGCUUGGGCCUCAGUUGACAUUCAGAUCCACACUGUCUCUGAAGCUGCUGCUCCUCGGCAAGAUCCAUGCUCACUACUUACGGGCACUUGCCAAGCUGCCUCGGGAUGGCCUGCGCAAGCGUCACCACUGCAGCCUCCUCAAGGGUGGGUAUUGCUAUGGCCCCAGGGAUCCUGUCUCCAACAUCAUCCUCAACACCAUCUGGUACGGCUCUAUGUUCCCUACGCCCCAGAAGUUCGAGCUGCAAUUCAAGGUGGACAUGAUAUGA